AUGGAGCACCUCCACCACAGACAGAAGUUAAGAAAUCAGACACCUUCGACAAUCAAAUCAGUUCUAGUUACCCACUUACUCAACAGCCACUAUCUCACGUUGACGACACCCUGUCCCAGCCCCCCUAGUGAUUUGUCCGAGUCCAUCCAGGGUCUUCAACCAGAGUGGUCAUCCCAUUGUCCACAUCCGGGCUGUCGUCAUUGGCACGCUGUACCUGCAGGGAAAUCUUCUAUCAAGGGUCAACAAGCUGGCACCAGAAAACACAUCGCUGAAGCCCACCCCGAAAAUGCGAAGACUUAUUUGGCUGGGGUCUUUGAAAUGAGAUGGAUCUACCGUCCCUUUCACAAAACUGUUGAUGGUGAAAACCGGCUGUUCUCCGAAGCAGUCUGGCCUUUUAUCAAAGACUAUGUUCCUGUAUCCUUGGCGCAAGCUAUUGUUUCAGUGAGGUCCUCUCGCAUCCAAUAUACGGUUUCUGUCCACAGUCAAUAUUUGACAGACCUUGGGUGGCAGAAGUUUAUUGCUAGCCUGGGCCUGCAACCAGGCGUUCUUCAUGGGUUGGUGAGGCUUCAAACAAAGAAAGAGGCACUAUCCUUGGAGGGAAUAGAAAAGCAGCUUGAGCUCAGUCUUAUUAUCAUUCGGAAGCUCUACAGGUCAUAUAUUGUGGACGUCCAAACCUAUAUAUCUUCCAAAAAUGACCCGCAGUUUCAUCAAGCAGUAACAAUGAACACCAAGGCGCACUUCAGAUCAUUGAGCCGAGUUUCUUACUACACCUACUCCAGACCUCUGUCUCGCUGCGUCUGCAUGCUCAUCAGAUGGGUCCAUGCUGAGCACACCGGUGCUUUGGCGCCAUUCGGCGCUUUUUACAUCAGACGGAGUCUAGCCCAGGAGUACGCCACCAACAUGCUUUACCAUUACCUCAUUCAAACCAAGGUUCCCCGUCCUGCUGCACUUCUCCAACUUCUGCAUCAACUGCUUGUGACCCUCGUCAAGCAGAAAUUUACGAACCUAGAAACGAUGGCAUGCCCAACAGACUACACCCUAUGUACCGGCUCACUGGCUGACAAUGGCGGGUUUCUACUUGCUACCACCACCACCAGGAUGUGUGCUGUGCUGCAGCAUAACUUCUAUACCAUCAUCAUCCAUUCUUCUCGGCUUGAAGACCACGGCUACCAACGUUUUAAUCCAUUUUGUUUAGAUAAUUUCACCCUGGAUCCUGUACCAGAUGCAGGUGAGGCGCUUCAACCCAUGGGGGAGCCAACCGCUGCCCCAGAUGAAGGAGAAAGCGCUAAUGAUAGUAUGUUGGCACAAUUUCGGGAAGUAGAGGAAGAGUUUGUAGAUGGUCAUGAUGAUAAUAUAGAUACAGAGGAGGGAGAGUCUGUGCUACUGCAUGAAGCUGAAGGCGGAUGGGAUUUUGAAAAAGAGGAAACUUUUCAUUCUUACUAUUUAAACGGCGACACUGCAGAGAACCUAGACAAAUAUUAUGACCCGCGGUCUUCUCUGCCGGCUCAACGAUGUCCACCAAAAUUUGUAGCUCAGAUAGAUCGCAAUCCUGGGUCCUUGUCGGUCUUAAGCGUUUUGGCGAAGAAUUCACACUACGUUCAGCCCUUGCUUGCCAGCCAUCCCUCGUUUGCCACACCCUACAACCACAUCAAGACUGCCUGGUUCCAUUCGAGGCCAACGUCAUUCAAAGAAAGACGAAACUACGGUUUUUUCUUCACUGAAGACGGGACUGCCAUUACCAUGCGAGACGGUGACGACAUCUCCCGGAGUAUCCUGUUUUCAGACAUUGGGGUAUUAGCCAAGACCACGAUAUCAAAUAUAUCAGAUCAGAUAGUCCAGUGCUUGCCACAUGGUUGCAAAGAUCUUCUUCAACAGUUUCGUGGCAUCUCCAGUCAGUUAGUCGAUGACCUUACUAGUCCCGACGCCAUUUUCCUUCAGUCUUCCAACCGCAUUCUCAUACAGCCAUUAUUGGAUGCGAUGUCAAAACAUCUGUCAGACCCAAAAGAACUCGACCAUCACAUUAUGCUUUCUCCCUCUGUGAUUACUGGGGAAGCUGCCAGAAAGUGGCUGGCGUUCGACAAGCGAAUUCUUGGUCAGAUCAUUGUCGCCUUUCUCCUAACGUGCGGGAUACCUCCCCUACACUGGCAAUUUCAGACUUUUCAAUUCCAGUCAGAUAGCACGACGGGCAUUGCUCCUACCUUGCAAUCGUACGGCCUAGCGUCGUUCACAUCACAGGCCUUCUUCAUUAUGUCAACAACGAUCACAAGACUCAUAUCUUUGCUCAUACCUUUCCUACUACUCGCCUUGAAUUUCCCCGAGUUUGGAAUAGAAGCGACCGUGAUAUCCGCCAUGUACAAUCAACUCUUCCCAGCUCUUUCCCAUGUCGGACCCUCAGAUGACUCCAUGGUGGAUCGCCAAGCCCAACACACAAGGACGACGGGCAACAUUCAUUAUGGGCGGUCUGAUCAUGUUCCCUUCGCUUUUGGAAUGACACUUGAACAGGCUCGCAAAUGCAUGGCCUCCAGCCAGGCAUUGCAUGCCUUCUAUGGGUUAGGCAGUCUGGAUCAUCAAUGGGCUGAGCGCUUACAAAACUCAGCGUUUCUGACUGACUUGAGGAACGAGAAUCUGGGUCUCAAAGAAGCAAGGAUUCUUGUCAGAGAGACGUACAACUUACACCACUGUCGCUUGCCACACCAGAUAGCUGGCCUUCUGGAGACUGCACCUUACUUAACUCUCAAAGACAUAAGCGAAUUAUGGGGGGUUAUCGGAGAUGAGGUGCUUCGACGGGUGAUGCAUGCAGUGUUGUUUGGUAGUUCCAGACCCAAUAUUCUUGAUCGUCCUUCUGGAGGAGGAUACUUGAUUGCCAAUGUAUCAACCGCUGUGGUACAGAUUGUCAAAGCUGUGGAAGAAGUAGAAUGCGGAGCCCAGUUUCAUUCCCCAAGACAGAUGGACAUCAGCACCAUCAUUCACUUCGACGAAGUAGCAACACAAGCCCAAAGACACCUUGCUGCACUAAAAGACGACUUUCCUACUUCGUGGAUGAAACUAUGCACUGACGUCCAUAGGCUCUAUCAGAAACCAGAGUUGUCGAGAGAGAUGUCCUGGGUUGUAAGAGGAGUUCCUGGAUAA